AGUCAUCUAAAUUUUUCCACGUUUAAACCUGAUUGAAUCAUUUCGUUAGAAUGGGCCAAACGCAAACAGCUGCAUCUAAGACUGGAAAAGCUACUGAUUAUAUUAACAUCUCUGAUCAUCAGUGUAAUGGGAAGUUAAAUGGGAAGAUCAAAAAUAGUGAUGCUUCUGAAAGUAAAGAAAGAAAGAAUUCCCAUGUCAAGGUAUUCACUAAGGAGAUGGUGGGAGUACUCGAACUGUUCCAGUAUGCAGAUAAAUGGGAUAUUAUCCUCAUGGUAAUUGGAAUUGUGUGUGCUGUUGGAAAUGGAUCAGCAAUUCCCCUCAACACUGUUGUAUUUGGACAAGCGGCAGAAGGUUUGGUCGUCAGCAAAACUAACGUAAAUGUCUAUGUGGUGAAGUCAUAA